UCUUGGUUCAAGAGCUCAAGCGCCUGCUCACACCGGAUUUGACGUGGCCGCCCGGACGCCCAGGUCAGUCUGACCCGAGGGAGUGCCACGAUGGCCGCUGGCGCUGUGGACGUGUUCGUGUACGCGCUGGCAACCUUCCUCGGGAACGUCGGCGUCGCCGUCACCGGCUUCGGCAUGGCCAUUGUGUAUUUGUUCGUGUGGCAGGUGGCGAGGUUGUGCGGCUGGGAGGCGGACUUCAAGCACGCGGUGUUCAUCCAGGCAAUCGGCCUGUUCGCGGCUCAGCCGUUGUUGCUGCGCCAGGCCAACAUUCGCAAGCACGGUUCCCGCAACCUCCUGAAGCUGUUCGUUCCGGUGACGGUCUUGUCCACGCCUUUGGGCCAGUGGUUGGGGAUCUACGUCGACGAGAAGGCAGUUCAGACGGCGGGGGGGAUCCUCAUCUGCCUUGUCGCCGCCUUCGAGGUGCUCCGCAACCGCAGGCUCAUCCUCGAGGCCCUGCGCGGCACCCCGCGCUCGGGCCCGCUCAGGGAGGGCGCGGAGCGAGAGGGCCCCGACGGGGCUGCCGCCGGGGAUGGCGAGGGCGAGCCGAGCAGGUCCACCGAGAGGGUGUUCUUCAUGAUCGGGUCGCAGCGGUCCGGAUCGAACUGGCUGCGGACGAUGAUGGACGAGCGCGAGGACAUCGCGGGCCCGCACCCGCCACACAUCUUUGACAACUUCCUGCCCAUCCUCGACAAGUUCGGCGACCUGGGCCAAGCGACCAACAGGGAGGUCCUCGUCGACCAUGUGUUGACUUUCGUCGAACGAAACCAGGUGCCAUGGACCGACAGAAAGGGUCGCCUUCUCUCCUUCGACCGGGGUGAGGUGUUCCGCGCGGUGGAGCGGGAGGCGGAUACGGAGGCCUUGUCUGGGAUGGAGAUCCUCAUGGUCAUAUUCAACGAGGUCUACGACACCCAUGCGCGAGCCAAUUUCAAGAGAACAUGGUUGUGUAAGUCCAUGGGGAUGUCGAGGUACCACGAUACGCUGCUGAAGUUCUACGGGAAGGAUCGCCUUCGUUACAUCUACCUGGUUCGCGACCCGCGCGACGUCGCCAUGUCGUUCAUGAACACUCCUGUCGGCGAUUGCCACUACCACGCGAUUGCCACCAAGUGGGGGCGGCUCCAAGAGAGUGCUCUGAAGAUCGCCGACGCCUGCCCCGACAUGGUGCACGUGCUCCGCUACGAGGAUUUGUUGCAGGACAAGCCUCUUGCAAUGAAGAGUCUCUUCGCGUUCGUCGGCAAGGAGCAAUUCGCGUCCACGAGACAGAUAAGCGUCUCGUCCGUGUUGGCGAUGCGGGACCUGGAGGCCAAGUGUGAGGGCGCCAGGUCUGGAACCGAGUCGAACAAGGCGGCGGGGUUGUCGAAGCAAUUUUGCAACCUGACUCUCGGCGACGACUUCGCGAAGGGCCAGUUUGCGAAGUGGCUCCACGGCACGCCGCCAAUGCCCACGUGUGACGUGAUCCUCGUCGAGAAUGUGACGUGGGACACGAUGCAGCGCUUCGGUUACAUGCCGAGCAUCGUGUCGGUGACGCAGGACCCCGCAGUCUACUCGAAGAGUGAGCUGGAGACGUUUGAGAAGUUGAACAGGGAGGGGAUCGAGAAGAUGAACGCCGACCUGGAGGAGGAAGACCCCGAGGACGCGCGCCGCCGGAGAUGGCAGGCGGCGGUGCUCGCCUUUCCGCCGGAGCUCAUCCAGAGGCAGGUGAAGCGGAGGAGGGCGAGCUCUGCGUGCCAGCUGGAGCAGGUGGCGGCCGAUGGGCUCGCCAUCGAGAUCCCGGGGGGCCUGACCCUGCGCUGCGCGGCGCUGUCGCAGGCGGGGAGCCAUCCCAUCAAGAGGUUCCCGAACCAGGACGCGUUCACCUUGGAGGAGGGCCGCGUCGGCGACGCGCAGCAGUGGCUCGCCAUCUACGACGGGCACGGGCCGCUCGGCCGGGAGUGCGCCGCCUUCGCCCGCGACCACCUCUGCGACGCCGUCGCCGACCGCCUGGGGCGCGGCGCGGCCGGCCCGCCGGGUGCCGGGGCCGAGCCGGCCGAGGACGUGGGCGCCGCUCUGAAGGCGGCGCACGUCGCCGUCGAUGACAUGCUGCGCGAGGACGCGUCCAUCAACGACCAGGAGUCCGGGACCACGGCGAUCUCCAUGUACAUCAGCGGAGACCGCUGCUACAUCAGCAACGUCGGCGACAGCUGCUGUUUCCGUGGCCACGUGGGCCCGGGCGGCGAGCUCGCCGCGGAGCCGCUCUCGGAGGCCCAGGCCGCCAGCCGACCCGACGAGGCAGACAGGAUCAGGAGCUGCGGCGGGGUGAUCGCCGCUGCAAGCCAGGUGGACGGCUCCGGGCCCAUGGACCCAGGCAUCGAGCUCACCGCCGAGCCCAUGGAUGACUGGGCUGGAGAUGGCCCACCACCGCGCGUGUGGGCGCCAGGGUGUCCGCAGCCAGGCUGUGCGUUCACGCGCUCCAUCGGCGACCGUGCCGCCAAGCUCCUGGGCGUCGUUGCCGAGCCCGAGCUGAGGAGUCAUACGAUCACGAGGGCUGACAGGGUCUUCGUCCUCUGCAGCGACGGGAUUUCGCAGUACAUGACGGCGCGCGAAUGUUGCAGCGUGGCCCUGCAGCACGACGACCCAGUUGCCGCGUGCGCGUCAUUGGUGGCGGAGGCCCGCAGGCGGUGGCUGAGCCACGGGGGCCGCGUUGACGACAUCACAGCACUUGUCUGCCUCGUCAGCCCAGAUAGCAAAGGCGAAAAGCAGGACGCCCGUGCAGAGAAUGCGAUAUCGCAGCAGGCGGAGCAGAUAAGCUCGCGUUUGGCUGCUUGGGCGAUCUCCAUGGGGUUCGCGAGCGGAUUUCUAGGUGGCCUCUGCGGUAUCCGUGGGCCCCCCAUAAUCAUUUUCUUCCUUCACAUGGUGCUCCCGAAGGCCAUCCAGAAGGCUAACGGAGCUGCGAUUACCGUGGUCAACGUGUCGAUGCGCAUGUUGGGAUACGCAGUGGAUGUUGCGACAGGCAAUGGCACGGCCGUGGUGGAAGAUUGGCCGCUCUACGCUUCCGUGGUGCUGAUUUCGCCGGUGGGUGUCGCCAUUGGUGGGCGACUCUUCGAUCGCACGAAAGACUCCCAGGCGAAUAUCAAAACCAUACUUGCGAUGCUGCUGGUGUUGUGCGGCAUCAGUCUGCUCAUCACUGCCUUUGAAUGAGCUGACGAGGCUCCCCAGCCACACCAGGCUCAAAUUACUAUUGCAUGUCAUUCUCGGUUCACACCGUUUCUUUUUUCAUCUCGGCAGCUUGCCGUGCGCCCUCGUGCCAUGGGCGUCCUUUCGCUCGGCUCGCCGUAUUUGGUGUCUGCUGUCUUGGGCCCAGCCCCGUUUUUCGGCGCUGCGCAUCGCCGUUUUUCGCCGCUGCAGCGGUGCAGCAUUUUCUGCAUCAGCGUUCCCCAUUAUAAAGCUGCAGCGGUACACGGGGACGCCUCGCCGCGGUGCAUCAGUUGCCCCACAUAUUGGAACAGCUGCAUCGGUGCACGGACGCCGUCUAUUAUUCUAUUACAGGUUACAGCAUGUCAGUUAUACAUGCUCAAGUUUGCCUCGCAAUUGGCGCAUCGAUGUCGGAACAUGCCCUUCCCUCUUCCUUGGAGGUCAAAAGAACGAGCUGGGAUCUGGAAGAGGUA